UAUGGUAGAAUAUACCAAACUUACUGUUAACGAACCAGGCUUGGAAAAAACCGACAGAAUGCAGGACUGGAGGCAAGCCAUCCAGAUUCCGACUGCUUAUCGCAUCGGAAAUAGCACAGUUCGACUCCAGUACCAGUUUGUUAUGGGAGUUUUGGCUGUCGGAGUCAUAGCACUGGUCAUGUUUUACAACUCGUUCUCCCACAGCAAGCCCCACAACUCUUACAUGCUGGAAAAACGAAUUCCUUCAAAUUACGAGAGUGAUCACCUUCACAAGCAUAAUUUACCUGAGCCCAAACAAAGCAACUACAACUCCACUUAUCCCUUGACCACCCCUGUACGGACAGAAAAGGGUGUACGCUACAAGAUUGCCAUAAUAUCUGAUUUGGACACCAACUCGAAAAAGGAAGAUGAAUGGAUAAGUUAUUUAAAAACAGGCGCACUUUUUGUAGAUAUUGAAAAAAAUAAGGUUUCACUAGAGUGGGACCAGGAUGAGCUUAUGACAUUGAAAACUACCCUUGCUCAAGGAGGAAGAGGAAUGGAGUUGUCAGAACUGGUUGUGUUUAAUGGUGCUCUUCUCGGUUUCGACGAUAGAACCGGAACCAUUUAUCAAAUUGAUAUCGCCUCGAAAUUCGCCUAUCCUUGGGUACUUUUGGUCGAUGGGCAUGGUCGCGUUGCCAAGGGCUUCAAGAGUGAAUGGGCGACUGUAAAGGAUCAAAGCCUUUACGUCGGUGGUCUGGGUAAAGCCUGGACUACUCCGACAGGUGAAUUGGUCAAUUAUCACCCGCAAUAUAUCAAGAAAGUCACCACGACGGGUGAAGUCUCUCAUAUUGAUUGGCACACGCGCUACGAAGCCCUGGCGAAAGCAGUCGACAUUUCAUUUCCAGGCUACAUAAUCCACGAAUCGGCUUCGUGGAGUUCUGUCCACAAGCGGUGGUUCUUCUUGCCCCGCCGGGAGAGUAAAGAUCGUUAUGACGAGAAACUGGACGAAUCGAGAGGUUCGAAUUUGAUGCUCACCGCCGACGAGGAGUUCAGCGAUAUCAAGGCCAAGAGGAUCGGCGACAUCAGUCCCACCCACGGAUUCUCCAGCUUCAAAUUCGUGCCCAACACACACGACAGGCUGAUAGUGGCUCUCAAAUCGGAAGAGAACCAAGGCAAAACAGCCAGCUACAUCAUGGCCUUUGACAUUGACGGAACGAUCCUGCUGCCCGAGACUAAAAUCGAUGGCGAUUUCAAAUUCGAGGGAAUCGAGUUUAUUUAAUUUCCGCUUCCAGCAGCAACCGUUGAAUUGUUGGGUGUCUUUUUCCCACCCUAUUAUUAUUAUUUGCGCCAUCACUUCUGACUUUGUUCACAGCUGUUUUUAUCCUCUUUUCUUACCUGCCCGAUUUGACUAGCGUGCAACGUGUCUCUUCAUCCUUUCUUUCUUUCUUUUUGUUGUUGUUUCCCAUUUUAUGUUUCCCGUCUUCUAGGAUGAAUUCAAAAUGCGAGAUAUUGUAAGAUUGAAUACACGCCAAAUAAUCAA